GGAAGUGACAGCAGUAGAUGCGAAGCAAAACAGAAACAACCGUAGCCAUCGAGAGUCGCGAGGGCAAGAAAAGCGAGCGUACAUACUCUCCCAGCAGAUAUUGUUUAUUUUUAGACGUAUGUAAACUGUUCAGCUUGUUUCAAUUAUGUCUGCUUUGACAAUGGAGAGAAAAACACUGACCACUUCGGUGUUUUUCGCCGCCGUCGUGCUGUUUGUUAGCUGUGUUCGCCAGGGUGAAUGCCAAACAUCUCCGCCACCACCAACGCCCUGCUCUACCUACAAAAACUGUGACACUUGUGUUCCACAUGCCAAGUGUCUGUGGUGCUUCACCACCAACAACUGCACUGAAUACCCAGUGAGCUGGUUGCUGCCUCCAGCGUCAGUCUGCAAGUUGUCCCAGGCCCGUUGGGGAGUGUGUUGGUUGAACUUUGAAGCCCUGAUCAUUACAAUGGCCGUGCUGGGUGGGACCAUCCUCGUCAGCAUUACUGUGUGCUGCUGCUGCUGCUGUUGCUGCAAGAAGCGUCGAUCAAGGCCAGACAGAGAUGAGGAGAGAUUUGCCAGGAGGAGAGAGGAGAUCAAACAGCGUGCUGAAGAGCGGAAGGUGGAGAGAAUGGCAAGGCAUGAUGAGAUCCGCAGGAAGUAUGGUCUGCUCGGUGACUCGGACCACCCAUACAGCAAGUUUGAGAACGAGUAAAGCAGCUGUACUGCAGAGAUCCCCACAUGUUCAGCUGGUCUUCUGUCUUUAGUUUAAGCUUGGAGUGAUGCCCUCUUUUCACCACAACAAAAGUGACAAAUUCUGCACAGUGCGGUUGUCAAGAUCACCUGAAGAAAAUCUGAAUUUGUUUUGCCUUCUGAUUUUUUUUUUUUUUAGGAUGCUGUAUUGUGUGUUGGACGAAUGCUGGUUUUUAAACUUUCUGCAAACGUUCUUUGUGUUUUGAAAUUUCAUUAUACAAGUUAUCUCUUUUUAAAUAUUGUAGUUUCAUAUCAGUCUUUGCACUUUGUAAAUACAGUAUUGAUUUAUGAAAUACAAAAUAAUGAUGGUAAUGCAUAUGUGCUCUGGUGCGAAUAAAAAUCCUCUCUUCUAAUUAAA